AUGCGUCCGGCACGCACCCUCCUCCAGGCGGCACACCGCGCCACCCGUGCUCCCGGCGCGCGCACCGUGCUGGGCCGCAGCCCGGCCCUGGCGCGCGGCUACGCCGCCCCGGCCUCGCUCGAGUCCACCUCGUCGUCGUCGGCUGCCGAUGCCGCCGACGCCGCCGGGAUCGAGGUAUCCCCCAAACCGCCCCAGUUCGGACAGCCGCUGGCGCUCACGCACCCCCACCUCGUGCGCCAGCGCGAGCUGACGCCCGGGAUCACGGCGGAAGAGUACGAGGACCGCCGGCGCAGGCUCAUGGACAGCCUGCCGGCCGGGAGCGUGGUCGUGUGUAUGGGCGGGACGGUGCGGUUGAUCACGCAGCAGAUCUUCUACAAGUUCCGACAAGCGACUGACUUUUUCUACCUGACGGGAUUUGAGGAGCCGGACGCUACUGCUGUGCUGGUUUCCCGCCCUUCCACUCCCCGCGGAUACACAUAUACCCUCUUUGUGCCUCCUCGUGACCGCCACGAGCUGCUUUGGAGCGGCGAGCGGACAGGUGUGGACGGCGCGACGGAGAUCUUUGGGGCCGACGAGGCCUACUCGCACGCCGAGCUGAGCAGCAUGCUCCCUUCCUAUCUCUCGGGCGCUGCACACGUGUACGCGUCCCUCCCGCCAUCGCCGUCCCCCUCGGCCUCGAGCCAGCCAUUCACGCCUCCGCCGCCGCGCCGCCGGUCGAGCCUGCUCAAGCUCUUCAGCCCCGUCGAGAGCAAGAACGCCGACCCCAACCCGUUCGUCCGCGGCGACCCGCCACACCUCAUGCUCGCGGCUGCGUUGGCGUCGGAACACGCCAAGCCGCUCGAGCGCGCCGUCCAGCAGCUCCGGGUGCGCAAGAGCCCCGCCGAGAUCAAGCUUAUGAAGCGCGCCGCGGACCUGAGUGCCGCCGCGCACGCGAGCGUGAUGCGUUUCGCCCGGCCAGGCGGCACCGAGGCCCAGCUCGCCGCGCACUUUGAGUACCAGUGCGCGCUGGGCGGCAGCGAGCGCCCGGCCUACGUGCCCGUCGUGGCCAGCGGCGCUAACAGCCUCGUGAUCCACUACACGCGCAACGACUGUGCCCUCGGCGCCGACGAGAUGGUCCUCAUUGACGCCGGUUGCGAGCGCCACAUGUACGCGUCGGACAUUACGCGCACGUUCCCCGUCUCGGGCAAGUUUACCGACCCCCAGCGCGACCUGUACCAGGCCGUGUUGAACGUGCAGAAGGAGUGUGUCAAGAGGUGUACCGUCGAGGACAGCGUAAACCUCAAUGAACUCCACCGGGCCAGCUGCACCAUGCUCGGCGAGGAGCUGCGUAACAUUGGCUUCCGCCUCACCGCCGGCGACAUUGAGCGCAAACUCUACCCGCACUUCCUGUCGCACCACGUCGGCUCGGACCUGCACGACUGCCCACAGGCCAACCGGUCCGGCGCGCUCGUGACCGGCAACGUCGUCACCAUCGAGCCGGGCAUCUACGUGCCCUUUGACGCGUCGUUCCCAAAGGCCUUCCACGGCCUGGGCGUGCGCAUCGAGGACGAGGUGGCCCUCACCCCGGACGGGCCGUAUGUGCUCUCGGCCAACGCGCCCAAGGAGGUCGUGGACGUCGAGGGCGCGUGUCAGGGCGCGCUGGAGCAGUAG